AUGUCAGGCGGUAGCUCUGGGGAGCAAUUUGUGCAGUUGGGAAAGACGUUGUCGACCACGGCGUCUGUGGUUUUUGGAUCGCAGUCGAUGGAGGAUACAAUUUUAUCCUAUAGUAGUCCUUACAAAAAGAUAUUGCAUGAUACAAUCACUACGUCCGGUGGUAAAUCGAGUUUGAUGAAGUUGGAGCGGACUGGACGAAAAUUCAUGCCUUUUGGGAGGAGAAAUACUGCGUUUCAGGACCUUUUUCAUGCUACUUCAGGCAAGAGCUAUUUCAGAAAUGGGUUUAGUGAUACUAGAACAAGUUUUCAAGUACUUAGCUAUUUAAGCGAUGACAUGUUAGCUGAUGUACCGGGUAUAGAUGCAGUUUCUAUGAAUACUAAGUUGUUGAAGGAAGGGAGUGAAAAAUCUAGAAAAAGGAAGGGCGCGAAUGUUCAUAAGAGGGGUCCGUCGCUCUUUCAAGGGUUUGAAGCUUCACUCCCGGUAAUCAAUCAAACUCUACAUAACCAUAAAAAAGGUAUUCAAGGUAGGGAUAUUAAAAAAACUACUGGUGCUGAGAAUGCAGAGCAUGAGCCAAGAGGUGACGUUGUUUCUGAAGACGAAGAAGGUGUAUACGACGAGUCUGGUUAUUCGGAAGAAUUUACCUUACCAAAAGGCGUUAAUCCUGAUCAGAUCAACAAUUCUUAUUCUUUGAAAACUUUAAGGAAUUCUGUGCAGUUGAUAACUGAUAAUUUAGAUAUGUUGGAGAUCCAAAAAAAGUUGGCAGCUAGUGAAAUUCGUGAGUUAGAUGUUAAAAUGGAAAGACUAAAAGUUAUGCGUGACCUAGUAUUUCAGAGAGUUGCCAAGGUGGAGCAAAAUGAACUGUUUUUGGAAAAAACCCUCAUGGCUGUUAGAGAUAGGAUAGAUAUGAUAGAGGAAUAUAACUUGGACAAGGAAGCGGAAGCGGAAGAUGAUAGCUAUGUAAAGAUAGAUUCAUCUACAGUUAAUGCUGAAGCAAGUGCUUCUCUCUCACCAUUGCCUGAUGGUACACCGGGAUCUGGUGAUACUAUUGUCCAAGGGGAAUUGCCAUCCGCGUCUAUUCAUGAAUCAAGAAUACCAAAAAUGUAUAAACAGCUAAAUCACUUGCAUACGAAUGAAAAGAAAGCACAACAGCAUGAAUUGCGUCGCACAAGGAAAACAUAUCCAACCUUACAACAAUAUUAUGAACCUGGUACUAAUAUCACGUCAUUCCCCCUGGCGCAUGAGGAAAGCAUCACCUGUCUUGAUUUUAACAUGCCAUUUGGUACUCUAUGUUCUGCUGGUAAGUUAGAUCCAACUAUUAAAAUUUGGAACUUGAGUAAGAACACACAUGUGGGCUCUAUUACGGGGCACUUAGCCACCGUCAGUUGUAUGCAAAUGGAUCAAUAUAAUACGCUGAUUACAGGUGGUCGUGAUGCGUUGCUGAAAAUGUGGGAUAUAAAAAGAGCUAUUGAUGGUGAUUCUGCGCCGGAAGACGUUUGUAUCUAUACCUUCGAUUCUCAUGUUGAUGAAAUUACUGCUUUAAGCUUUGAUGAUGAUCAUUUAGUCUCCGGCUCACAGGAUAGAACUAUUCGUCAAUGGGAUUUGAACAAUGGGAAAUGUGUCCAAACCUUAGAUAUCAGUUUUGCUUCAGGAGGUAAUCUCUCUAGAUCGAUUUACAGUUCGACUAUAUUGAACCCGGAUGAACCACCAAUUAUUGGUGCCUUACAAUGCUAUGAUGCUGCACUAGCCACAGGUACCAAAGAUGGUGUUGUACGGUUGUGGGAUUUAAGAUCUGGCCGAGUGGUUCGCACAUUGGACGGCCAUUCUGAUGCCAUCACCUCCUUAGAGUUUGAUUCUCUGCAUUUAGUAACUGGUUCCUUAGAUAAAAGCAUUAGAAUCUGGGACCUUAGAACAGGGGCUUUGGCUGAUGCAUUUGCAUAUGAUCAUUCAGUGACUUCCUUGCAAUUUGAUCUGAAUAAAAUUGUAGCCGCUAACCGCGAAGGAACCGUUAAGAUCUAUGAUAGAAAGGAGAAAAAACAUUGGUUUUGUGGUGGAGAUGAACAUACUGAAAAUAAUGUGGAGUACGUUAGAUACAAGGAUGGAUACUUAGUCGAAGGGCGGGCAAAUGGUGAUAUCAAUGCAUGGGCAAUCUAA